AUAUUAGUGUGACGUCACUUCCGCAAGGGAGCUUUAGCAAUGUAAAGGGUAUUUUGGAGUUAAAUAUACAGUAAUAUGAUAGAAAUUUAAAAACUAAAAUACUUAAUGUGUCACCACGGCCUGUAGGGGGUGGUAAGCAAAAGACUCGCGCUUAGAGUGACGUCACUUCCCUAAACAAUAGAUUAGCUUUAGCAAUGUGAAAGGUUAGCUCGUUUUGCCACUGUUCAAAUGUAUUCGUAUAACUAGAGAUGUCUGAAGGGGACACUUCAUUUGGAAAGAAAGAAAGCUCUUGUAAAGAAGACGACUGUGCUAUCAGAGAGCGUACGAAUGACAACGACUUUAAACGAGUUUUAAAAGAAGUUGGACUCACCAGCAAUGCCUUCAUUGGUCCAGCCUUUCUCUCGGAGAACAACACAGCCACUUCUGACAUUGAGGACUCACUCAGUGAAUUUUACAAGGAGAUUGAGGAGAUCGAUGCCAAUUCUGCGCCGGAUGAUACUUGUCUCCAAACAGCCGAAGCAUCUCAAGAAACACAGGACACACCUGUGGAAGACACAGUGACACGUUCAGAGACAGAUUCCCACCAGAGCAGCAGUAGACACAACCAACCACCCUGGUCCCAUUGGUAUUACAAUGAGCCGUACUCCACUAGAAGGUCACGGAACAUGAACUCCGACAGGUUUGAAUGUUCUCGGCAUCAGCCCAGUCACCUUCCGCAGCCACUCAACCAGACAGUGCCCAGAUCCCACUGCCCUCCUUUCCCAAAUCCACACCACCCUCACCCGCCACAGCACUGGAAUUCCCCCAGUGACCACCACUACCAACCUCAGCCUAGUUUCUCAUCACCUGAAUCCAACCCACAGUACCAAAAUAGGCAUGGUAGCGGUUAUUGGUUUGAUGCUCGUGAUGAUGGAAAUGCCAGGUGGUCCCAAGAUGCACCUGAAUGUCACUUUGAUGACAGACAACAAACUCAUCACUCCGGACCCCUGGAUGGGCCGUCCUUGGUGCUCAUCCUGAUGAGGGGACUGCCAGGCUCCGGUAAAUCCACAAUGGCAAGGGAGUUGCUCUCAACUGGUCCCAGCGGCUUAAUACUGAGCACAGACGACUACUUUGCCGAUAGAGAUGGAUACCGCUACGACCCAGGCCUACUCGGAGCGGCACACGAGUGGAACCAGAGAAGAGCUGGUGAUGCUAUGUAUGACAGCCGCUCUCCUGUCAUCAUUGACAACACGAACCUGCAGGCUUGGGAGAUGAAGCCUUAUAUCAGAAUGGCCUUGCAGAGAGGAUACAGAGUGGACUUUUGUGAGCCCAACACGAGCUGGAAGUUUGAUCCCUACGAGCUGGCGAAGAGGAACAAACACGGAGUGCCUCAAGAGAAGAUCGCACAGAUGCUGGAUCGCUUUGCUUUCCCCAUUUCUAUCGAGGACGUCUUGAGCUCGCAGGAGCCGCAUCACGUCAACCAGAGGUGUCAAGAAAGAGCGUUCCUCUCGUGGUCUUAAUGUCUUGUUUCUACUUUGUCUUUUAAAACACUGUUUUGUAUAGAUUUCUACACUGAAAGUUAAGGUCAUGAGCGCAUCUAUUUUCGUCUCUUUUUAAAUGUUAACGAUGUCUUGCACUGUUCCAAGACUGUGUGAUUUUAUUUAUCCAAGGAAAUAUUCCAAUUGUUUUUUGUUUACAUUUUUUUUUAUAUACAUGUGUAUUUUAUACUACAUCCUCACAGAAGAAAGCAGUUUGUUCCUGUAUGUUGAUAUUUAUUUUUUUCGAUCAUGUGGGUGUGCGUUUUUGCCCGCAAUACUAGACAGUCCACCAGAUGGUGCUAAUGAGUCAGAUUUGAGGAGCUGGUCUGUGGAGUACUGUACUUGUUUCCUAUCUUCAAAGGGGCAACGAAAGCAAAUGUUCACACGUGUUCACACUAGUGACAUUGGUUGAGACAUGACAAGUAUUUUUACCUAAAUAAAUGUGAGUGAAUACAUUAAAAUGAUCACGAGCAAUGAGAAAUACAAGUAUAACUAUAUUUUCAAAAAGGUGGAACUGCUCUAUAGUUUUGUUUUGUCACAUUUAUACAUAAUAAUGGUUGUGUGAAAGGACAAAAUGCAUAAAUAAUAGAUGCCCCGCAAAUAGUAAAGCUUAAUAGGACUACAGUAGUAGUAGUAGUAGUCGGCGGGUCCAAAUGUCCAUAAUAUCAACAUCAAGGGUACUCUGAGCCUCAGAAUGUGUUCGAUCCUCGUGUGAUGAAAGCGAUAUUUUUCAGACCUCUUACAUAGUUUCAGAAAUGUGUUUUGGUUUUGUUGCUCAUAGAAUAUCUGUUGUUAUAUGGUUUACAAACUCAGAGAAUAAGUUCUUGAACACAGGAAGGCUUUGGUGGCAAAAAUGAAAGCGGUUGAAAGCCCAAUACUGUAGUGCUUUUGUAUAGUUAAUUGGCACAAUUGACUUUAUUUUGUUCAAUGUAUGUGAUAAAAAUUAAUAGGGGAAUAUAUAUGUUUUAUUUUGCUAUUGUUACUUUGUCUUAUAUUUCUGUAGUUCUUUAUUGUUAACAGAUACGUUUAUAAAAAAUAUGAGUUUUGACCAAUGAGUAUUGGUAUCGGCAGGGCUGGUGUUGCAUUGACUUGCUGGGCGAUGGUAACGAUGACGUCAUGCGCCGGCCUCGCGCCCGUGGUCAAUAAAGAAGGGGUGUC